GAAAAGGCGCAAGAACGCCUUCAUCCUCAGGAUUCUUCGGUUCUCCUACUGGGCACCAACAGGCGACGACCGGCGCCCCCACCCCCUCCACCGCCCCCUGAUGGCGCCCGCCAACAGCUCCACGGCGCUCACGCCGAGGAACGAGAGCAUCGUGGACAGCACGUCCGCGACCACCAUGGGCGCACUCAUCCUUAGCUUUGUCUUUUUCGUGGGCUUCCCCGGCAACCUCUUUGUCAUCUGGAGCAUCCUGGCCCGCGCCCGGAAGCAAACCAUUACCACCCUCCUCAUCCUCAACCUGGCCAUUGCUGACGGCUCGUUAAUGGCACUGACUCCGUUCUUCAUCGCCUACUUGUUGAUGAAGAAGUGGGUGUUCGGGAAGGUGAUGUGCAAGGUGCUCUUCUACCUGUGCCUGGCCAACAUGUACGCCUCCAUCCACAUCAUCACCCUUAUGAGCCUCUACAGACUGCUGGCGAUAGUGCGGCCGCAGCGUGUCACCGCCUUGGCCGGGCACAGGGUGGUAACGUGGACGCUGGUAGUCAUGUGGGCACUGGUGGCCGCCGCCUCCGUCCCUGCUCUCGUCUUUCGCAAUGUAAGGUCGAAUGACGGUGACGACCGCGCCAUCUGCGACUCGUUUCAUGACGAGGAGAGUCACACGGUCAUCCAGUACAUGCUGGAGCUGGUCCUGGGCUUCCUGGUCCCUUACAGCAUCGUAGUGGUCAGCUACAUCUGCAUUUUGCGCCGCAUCCAAAAGACCAAAUUCGGCCGGCGCAUUCGCAGCGAGAAGCUCAUCCUGGCCAUCGUGGUGACCUUCUGCCUCUUCUGGCUGCCCUACCACAUUGUCAACAUGGUGCAGGUUACAUGGGCGCUAUGUCCCGAGGGGGAUGUAAAAACAAUGUUGGGUAAAAUCUGGCAUCGGGGUAGAGCCGUCACCUCCUCAGUGGCUUUUAUCAGCAGCUGCGCCAACCCGGUGCUUUACUUCUUCGCCGGCAAGUCGUACAUCCGCCGAGAGGGUCUGGCUUUCAUGGCCCGCCUGUUCGAGGCGACCGGUCUGGACUCAGCCACCAGGAAGAGCCGUCAGAACAGCCAAAACAGUCGGGACAAAGACAAAGAAUCGGACGGCGUCAUGCUCAAGGAAAAAGGUCAGGACUCUAACUCGGGCUCCAAUGUCAAAGCGCCGAAGCUGCAGACGUGACGCUGCUGAUGGUGGU